AGUCCGCCGGUGAUCAUGAUCGCGAGUGUGAUGUUUUACGUGCUGUAUCCGCUCUCGAGGCUGAUCCGCAGAGUUUCAGAACUGUGGUGCAAGACGCCGUUUGUGUACAUUAAUGGCAAAGAGGUUUGGGAUGGUGGCGGUGCUCUUUCUGGACCGCAGCAGACGGGCCUGUUACUGCAGUGGAACAGCGCGGGAAACACCGCCGCUGCUCCCGAUCCAGACCACACGGACACUGAGAGUGCUCACGGAGAGCUGGUAGAUCUACUGGACAUCUGUGAGCUGAAAAAGAGACCAGAAGAGUUGAACAAGGAGGAAAUGCAUGAAGACAUGCACAAAUCACUGAGUUACAUCAAUCAGAUGGAAGCUCCUGCAGCAUCGGUGUGUGAUGGAAGCAUUAACAUAAACCCCUCAGAAUCAGCGCUCCGGUGUUUAGAAGAAACAAAUGAUGGAGAUCCUGUGACGAAUGAGUCUGCGUUUCCCAAUAUUGAAUAUCAGAGUCACUCAGACAUUGAUAACAUGCUCUCUGCAUUCAACCAGCUUGAUGCACAUGCAGAAACAGGUGUCUAUGAUGAUCGUGAUCUCACUCAUCCCAGCGCUGACAUCUUCCAGUUUGAUUCUGACGCUGGGAAUGAAGCCCUUGGCAGCCCAGUGUUUGAUUUGGCGGCUUUGCUUGCAGACUCUCAGCAGGUUAAUGCACCAGCGGAGCCUGUCGGCUGGCAUUUUCCCGUAGGCCUUGGGCUGUCACAGAUGUGUUAUUGCCCUUAUGUGCAGUUUCCUGACGUCAGCUACUAUCCUGCGCUUCAGGACAAUGACAGUAUUGAAGUGAUGUGGCGGGUAUGGGAGGAUCUUAAUGAAACCCACACUGGUGCCUGUGGGAACACAGCUGCUGGGUUUGACUUCAGCAUCAUGUCUUACAACAUCCUGGCUCAAGAUCUGCUAGAAGCGAAUCCACAGCUUUACACACACUGUCCAGAGGAAGUGUUAGUGUGGGACCAGCGACUCUGGACCAUCUUGAAGGAGCUCCAGAUCUGGGAACCUGACAUAAUUUGUCUUCAGGAAGUUCAAGAAGAUCACUUCUUAGAGCAGAUCUAUCCUGUCCUGACUGACAUGGGUUACACCUGCAUCUACAAACGCCGCACUGGCGCCAAAACGGAUGGCUGUGCAGUGUGUUAUCACAGCGACCGCUUUACCCAGCUUUCCAUCAAUCUGCUGGAGUUUCGCCAAUCGGACUGUGAGCUGCUGGAUCGUGACAACGUGGGCAUUGUGCUGCUCCUCCAGCCGACAGCAGGGCAGAAUGAAGUGUUCAGCCCCAUAUGUGUGGCCAACACACACCUGCUGUUCAACCCCAGGAGAGGAGAUGUGAAGCUCGCCCAGCUGGCCAUCGUGUUUGCUGAAAUUGACAUCAUGAUCAAGAAAUGCAGGAGUGAAGGAAGACGCUGUGAGGUGGUUUUAUGUGGGGACUUUAACGCUUUACCCAACAGCCCUCUGUGGAAUUUCAUCACCACCGGACAGCUUUACUACCAUGGGUUACCUGCUUGGAUGGUUUCAGGUCAGGUGGAUUUGUCAUAUAAAAUCCAUCACACAAGGCUUUUUGCCCCAUUGUGGCCCAGCAGCCUCAGCAUCACUGACGGCUGUCAGUACAUGUCUGACACGCAGACCGCAGCUUCAGUAGACAAUCGGCAGUACAGCGCUGAAUUUCUGUGUCAGCUGCGAUACUGUCCGGCGGCGUGUGUGCGGCCCGCUGAUCUGGAGCUCAUACCAGGAGUCACUGACAAAACACCAGACCCAGACGACGUGGAAAUGUUUAGUUCAAGGUUUGGACACACGUUGAAUCACGCGCUGAGCCUGAGGUCAGCUUACAGUCCGGUCCAGCCCGACAUGCGGACUGUGGUCAGCUCUCUGAACUCAGAGGGAGGAGCGAUGGUCGACUACAUCUUCUACUCCACCGGCUCUGCUUCAGCUGAAGAGAGCGCUGGCGGAUUGAAGCUGCUGGGUCGCUUGUCUCUGCUGUCGGAGGCUGAUCUCUGGUCUCUGCGAGGACUUCCUAACGAAGCGUUUCCCUCGGAUCAUCUCAGUCUGAUCGUCAAGCUUCAGCUUCCUCCUGUCUGACCCUAACAGAUAAGAAGAAAAUGAAGAUUACAGCCAGCGUCUCCACAGCCACACGAUGCUGUUAUUGAAGGUCAGAUACACACAGUUAUGGAGCUCUAAUGACAGUCUUUCAUUGAAUUCAAGAAUCUGAAUGUGUUCUCUUGAAAACGGAUGAGGGGUUUGUACAUCCACAUCAUAUGUGGUGUGGUCAUUCUAUUGUUUUCAACUUUCUCAUUAAUCUCAGUGAAACUAGGUUUGCAAAAGGUCAAAGUACUUCACAGCUAAAACCAUGUUCAUCCUCACUGCAAGUAAAGCUCGGCAGGAGCAAAAACACCACCAAAAUGAAUUAAAAUGCCCCCAAAAUUCAAGAUAUGGGGGCAAAAUAUAUUUAUAAUCAAAUUCAGUAAGUUAAUAACUGGUAAAACUUUACAAUAAGAUUCUAUUUGUUAACAUUAGGUAACUACAUUGCUUAACAUGAACUAAAAACGCAUCUGAAGCAUUUCUUAAUCUUCAAAUCAAAAGUUGCAUCUCUUAAUAUUAUUUAAUAAACCUGAACUGUACGAAUGAACAGCUGUAUAUUUAUUUACAAACGUUAACAAAGAUUAAUAACAAUGAGCCAUAUAUUUAAGUAUUUAAUGUUAAAGCAUUAACUAAUGGAACCUUAUUGUAAAGUGGUAAUAUUAUUUUCUAAUUGCAUGUAUUCAUUACAUUUAAAAAUGUAACAUUGGUGCAUAUAUUAGAAAAGAAAGGCAUUAUAAUUUUUACUUUUAUAAAACUUUAAUCUCA